AUGCUUGUAGGGGUCGUGUCAGGUGGAGUUUUUGGUUGUGGGAUUAAUUCGUUACGAAAAGCGCACUUAUCAGUUCGACGAGAGCCAAAAGACGGCCAUAUGAAGGAAAACACUGCAUAUGAGAAACACUCGAAACACGAUGGUGAUUUUUUUAUACCAAAAAAUGCCUUGGAAAGGCAUGAUACCGGUGCUGCAAAUAUUAAUCCGGAAAAUGUGAAAACAAGAUUUCAUAAAGCAAAGCUUGAAAUCAAAAGGAAAAGAUUCUUGGAAAGGACAAGGGAAAUCGCACGAGCGGAGAUUCUCAACAAUGAACAUGAAGGUUUUCUUGCUGGAGAUGAGGGAGAACUUACUUAUACGAUCGAGCAGAAGGUUAUAUGCAGUGCUGUGGAUAUUGCAAGUGCAAGCAAGCAUUUUGAUUUGCGGUUGGAACGUUUUGGUCCAUAUCGUGCGGAUUACACACGUAAUGGUCGUCAUCUGUUAAUUGGGGGUAAAUGUGGACAUGUCGCAGCUUUUGAUUGGCUAACUAAAACACUCCGUUGUGAAAUGAAUGUCAUGGAGGGAGUCCGAGAUGUUAAAUGGUUACAUGUUGAAACGAUGUUUGCGGUUGCUCAAAAAAGAUGGACGCAUAUUUAUGACAACACGGGGGUAGAGUUGCAUUGUUUGAAAAAUCUGCAUGAUAUCAGGCGUUUGGAAUUUCUUCCGAGGCAUUUCCUUCUUGUUGCUGGGAGCAAUACAUCAUUUCUGCACUAUUUGGACAUUUCGAUGGGUAAAAUGGUCCAAUCCUUUCCAACAAAGCAGGGACCUCUGGAUGUAAUGACGCAGAAUCCAAACAACGCUAUUAUUCACACCGGGCAUGGAAAUGGAACAGUACAGUUAUGGUCUCCGAAUGUCAGAGAACCGUUGAUAAAAAUGCUCGCCCACCCCUGUUCGGUACGAGGCAUAGCUGUGGAAAAUAAUUAUAUGGCUACUACUGGUCUUGAUCAGAAGCUGAGAAUAUGGGAUAUACGUAAUUAUAAACAGUUAUAUGCUUAUGCGCUACCGUUUGGGUUGGCGGAAGUAUCUUUCAGUCAACGCUAUGCAGUCGCUUGCAGCGUUGGGAAUCAAAUUCAGGUUUUAAAUGAUGCGCAUUUGGGCACAACUACUGCGCCUUAUAUGUCACAUCAGUGCACUGGAAUAAUUUCCAGUGUAAAAUUUUGUCCAUAUGAAGAUGUUCUUGGAGUCGGGCACCAACAGGGAUUUACCAGUUUACUUGUACCGGGAAGCGGAGAACCAAACUUUAAUGCACUCUUGACAAAUCCUUAUGAAUCAAAAACUCAACGGCGAGAGCGGGAAGUGAAGCAGCUUUUAGAUAAGAUCCAGCCGGAAUUGAUCACUUUAGACACUACAGAAAUCGUUCAAGUGAAUACGGAUUUGCUUGAGAAGGAGAAUGAACGGUUAAAGUUGUUACUCCAUACAAAACCACGUGAAGUGAAGUUUAAACCUAAAAAUAAGAAGAAAGGACGAGGCAGUUCCCUAAGAAAGGAGCAGAUCAAACAAGGUGUGCAAGCGGAACAAAGAUUUGUGAUUAACGAAGAGCGAAAGAAGCUAGAAGGUGAAUUAUUUGAUAAAGAAAUAGUGAAGGCGAAGGAUUCUCCAAAGACAGUGCUUGAAAGAUUUCGAAGAAAAGAUAUUUAA